AUGGAUAGAUAUCGGGUUCUAUCUCUGAUCGGAGAGGGAGCUCAUGGUGUCGUUCUCAAAGGCAGGCAUAAAGAGGUAUUUGUGAUUUUUGAAAUUUUCUGUAGUCGGGUGAACUUGUUGCUCUUAAAAAGGUUCCUAUUCGCAGAUUAA